AUUUGCACGUUAUCCUACCAACGGCACAUUUUCUCAUACCUGUUGACUAUGAUUUGCACACCAUGGUCGUCGUGUAGAUUGUCAAAAAGCUUGUAGCCUUACCACAGACUGGAGUGAGAUUGUGUGUCCAACGACGUUCAUUCCCUGCAGUGUGUAUUGAAGUGCCUUCCGACGAACAAUCAAACAUCGUUGACUCCCUCGAGCGAGCUCUGUUGUGGCUGGAGGCUAUCAUAAACAUCGAAAGGGGGUGCUUUUUUUAUGUAGAAGACGGACAACACAAACACAGCUGCUAUUCACAUCUCUUGACCUAGAGCGGCACUUGUUGAGCUCUUUCCUCCCUUGAUAACUCCAAUGGUUUCUAUAAGCUCAACUUUAGAUUCUAUGGAUCCAUUGUUGGAGAAAAGUUCUAUGGAAGGUGCUGGUUACAUUGGCCGGAGUGGAGAGAGAAGCUCCAGUUCUUACCAGUCAAAUGGGUUGUCAAGUCAGGUCUAUAGUCUUGAAAGAAGAGAACCAGUUAGCAGUUGUUCUGUUUUUGUAGACCGCAUGACGCUCAUGGUAAAAAUGAUGAUGAUUUGGAAAAUGGCAAACUAGAGAAAGGUAGAGAGAGGUUACUACAAAAUAGCAGGAUUAUCACACUACAUGAUAAGGCUUUUCUAUCUGGGUUAGCAUAUUGUAUUUCAUCGUGCAGCAUGAUACUAAUUAACAAGUACAUUCUGUCAAGCUAUGACUUUAAUGCCGGGAUAUCAUUGAUGCUCUACCAGAAUUUUGUCUCGGUCGUGGUAGUUUCUAGUUUGAGCUUUAUAGGCAUAACAUCCACUGAGCCACUGACAUGGAAGCUUAUUAGAGUCUGGCUACCUGCUAAUUGCAUCUUUGUUGGGAUGCUUAUCACAAUCUAAAAUACAUUAAUGUUGCCAUGGUCACAGUCUUGAAGAAUGUUACUAAUGUGAUUACUGCUGUCGGUGAAAUGUAUCUUUUUAGCAAACACCAUGACAGCAGAGUUUGGGCUGCUCUUUUCUUUAUGAUAAUGUCAGCAAUCUGUGGAGGAAUUACUGAUCUUUCUUUUAGUGUUGUUGGAUACACAUGGCAGAUUAUUAAUUGUUUCUUGACAGCAUCAUACUCUCUAAGUCUACGUAGGAUUAUGGAUACUGCCAAACAAGUCACGAAAUCGGGAAACCUGAAUGAAUUCUCAAUGGUCUUGCUAAGUAACACUCUAUCAUUGCCCUUAGGCAUCGCGCUUGUCAUGUUGUUCAAUGAGGUGGACUAUCUCUCUAGAACACCACUGUUACAUUUGCCUAUAUUUUGGCUGGUGAUAACUUUAAGUGGAUUUUUGGGCUUAGCAAUUAGCUUUACAUCAAUGUGGUUUCUUCACCAAACAGGUGCUACAACUUACAGCCUAGUGGGAUCAUUAAACAAGAUACCUUUAUCUAUCACUGGCAUCCUUCUUUUCAGUGUCCCCACGAGUGUGGGGAACUCCUGUAGUAUUUUCUUUGGCCUCUUGGCUGGAGUUCUCUUUGCCCGGGCAAAGAUGCGGGAACGAUCGUCUCAUUCUUGAAGUUAAAGAUUCAAGCGUUAUAUCCAAUGUGCACUUUCCAUAUAUGUAUUAAGUGUAUAUAAAUAAUAUCUUUGUAAAGAACUAGUGGUACUGCAUUACUUCAAAGUGCACACGACAAACACAAGACCAAAACAAACUAAAAAUAGAUACGGAGUAAAAAAGAAGCCUCUUUAGAAUGAAAGUAGUUUGAACCCCCCUCGACUCGUGUGGCUGUU